CAGCACACUUGUAUCAAACUACUUAAACACGUGAGCACAUCAUUUUACAUCCUCUGCGAGUGAAGCAAAUAAGGGCGAGAUUCAUAAACAUGCUUCAACAUUAAUAGAACUUGGUUUUUAAUUUUAAAGUCAAAAUUAUUCAUCGAUUUCAACAUGGCUAAGGACCACGAGUCUGACUUAUUAAUUUGUCACCAUUUGCAUGUCAAAUAGUUCUUUUAUUAUUGUAAUUUAUAUACAAAUGAGAUACACAUGGUUGUUUUUAAAUGUACAAACUGAUAAAUAAAAAUUUUAAUCGCACUUGUAUGCCAAUAUUAUUCAUGAUAUUUAUCAAUUAUCUAACAUAAUUUUUUUAAAAAAUAUUUCAGAUAUCGCUCUUACUUAGACCAACUGAGGAAGACAUGUGGCCGAGGAGACAGUCUUGGAGAGGCGAUCAGCUCAAGAACUUGUAUAAAGUCAGUGCCGCUUGUUCUUCCUCUUGCCCGGAUGACUCCGGUUUUCUCCGAUGAUUCCCGAGAAGAUCCAGAAUUCCUCGAGCUGCUGAAAAAAACAACUACCGAAUCGAUUCGUAAGUUGUGGCCUCACCCAAAUAAAACUAACAUUGUCCGAAAGGCGGGCUUAUCAGAGACAAAUGAGGACAAGAGAGAGGAGUGUGUGUCAAUGACAGUAAAUACAGUAGACAUUUUAGUAGUGACCGAAGACAACUCAGAGCAAAGCGAUAACAAUUCCCCUGCAGUACCGACAGACUCUUGUGAAAAAUCUGACGUCCUCGACGAUGCUCCUUUGACUGACUGUGAACAGUGUACAUUGUAUGACAGUAAUCUCCUCUUGGAAGACGUCGAAAGUUCGAUGAAUAACCAGAAUCAUAAUAUGAAAUCCGUAGGCGAGCCCCUCGUCCUGAGUGACGGUGGCUCGGCCAACAACAUGCUGAGCAAAACAUCUGCUGGGCCGGUACAAAAAGGUCUGCUCAAAGUACCCAACGAUAAUCUGACAUCCGGGGACAACUUUUACCGACACUGUCAGGACACAUCUGGCCAGGCAGCGAAUAACGCGAACUGGAGCGAGUCUGGUCAGACGAAAUGUCCCGGUGAGUCUCUAAACCAGCAGUCAAAACAUUCUUCUCUGGAUGUCUUCCUCAAGCACCAGCAAAAGCUACUGCAACAGCAGCAGCUUCAGCGGCAAAUUCUUCAGCAUCAGCAACAACAGCAGCAGAGACAGCAGCAGCAGCAGCAACUCAUUGAACAGUAUCAGCAGCAAGAGCAGCAGCGUCAACAAUCUUCUAACAAAAACUACGCUUUUCCCACGUCGGAUCCCAGCAAGGGCUGGUUCCAGGCCAUAGGAUCGACCAGCGAGUCCACGUCUCCAAAAUCUCGCCUAGCAGUGGGUAACCUGCAGUCUUCAACAUACAGCUCCAGCUCUAUGCCCACAGGGCAUGGGGGAAUGGAUGUCUUUGGAAAUGGCAAUCAGGUAUACUCUUAUUUAGCACGUUCUUUUAAAGCCGAUGUUCUCUUUGUGAGACUUAUGAAAAAACCUGCCAUCGUGUGGCUAUAUUUUAACUUUAAUGUCUUUAUUUGGAAUUUGAAACCAUGACUAAAAUAAUAACUUAAAUAAAUACAAAUCUACAUUGUACUGUUGGAUAAAAAAGAUAAUUGUCGAAUGUUUAACUUUUAUAGCAGUCAAACACAGAUUAUUUCCCUUCCAACAACUUACAAGGCAUGUCAACACUUGGAGGUUUUAUGGAAAAUCAGCAAACAACCGGUUUCUCCGAACUUCCUGCUUCAAAUCGGACACUAAAGGUAGUGCAUGAUACAGGUUUCAUUUGAUUUUACUUCACUAGACGUCAUAGUUAGAAUUCAAUUAAUCAUCGUAUAAUUAGAUAAGCAUCGUUUAUUAUUUGUAAUUUAAAUAACAACUUUAUCUUAAUAAUAAGAAAGUCCACCUAAUACAUACCAGUAUUCACAAUUCUUUGGCUGUGCUCAAAACCUUUAAUAUAAAACCUAGAAAAGUUAUAUCGAGUUUAUUUACACUUUUUGUUCCAUCUCAGGCCAGCUAUGCCUGCCUUGACCCCAGUAACCCAAUGACCUUGUCGGUGGAACCCCUGCACGACUAUAGCAGUGAUCGGGAUGCCUAUGUGCACCAAGGCGACAGGCAGGGGAGUUUCGGCCAGGCACCGGACGAGAAACCACCGUGCACAGAAUCGAGCAGAUCUUGGGCUGAGAUGUCUCGCCCAGCCUAUGACAGCGACCCCCUGUCCAGCUCUACGCUCGAGGACAGACUAAUACGGGCUUACGCUCGAUCGCGUAUUUCUCAGCUGGGCCAGGCUACCACGGGCACCGAUUCUGCCCGACAGCCGGUGCAAAGACCCAUUUUAAAAAUAAAUCCCAGCAUGGAAAGCAACCAGGAAAAUCAGACCUUUGGGGCGCAGACGUUCAGGGGCGGCUUUGAUCCCGUGAGCAGAAACAAUUCCGAUGCUGGGUUCGAUCUUAGCAACAGGAAUGGUGCCGACCCUGGUUACGAUGACUUUAAUGCCAGGUAUCGUUGGAACAAUCUGACCAGCUGCUCAGCUCAGACCGACAUUCCUGAAAAUAACGCUGUGUCCAACAAUUCAUCGG